AUGCAGCUGUAAUGUUUUAUUAUUGACAGGCUUGCCGUUCUGGGCUCCUUCGGGAAGAAGGGUGGGAUAUAAAAUUAAUAAAUAAUGCUACAAGGUAAGAAGAGACUGCUGGAUCAAGCCAUCUUGAACAGCAUCCUGUUGUCCCAGUGGCCAACCAGGGACUUGUGGGCAACCGGCAAACAGGACCCGAGUUCACCAGCCCUCUCCUCUCUUGUGCUUCCCCAGCAACUGGUAGUCAGCCUCUGACAGUGAAGGGUAGAGCAUAGCCACCCUAGCCUCCAUUGAUAGCCUGACCCUUUGUGGACAGCCAUGUGAGCAUCAUUUGAAGUUAUUCUGUCUUUCCUCUCCUUCCCCGCUCCCCUGUCGGAAGGCGACCCCAGCCCCGCAAGCUACUCUACCUUCAUCAUGCCCACCCUGUUUGGCAUCAUCUGCCUGCUGGGCAUCAUCGGCAACAGCAUGGUGAUCUGCGCCGUCUUCAAGAAACCCAGCCCCACCAGCAGCGUCCCGGACAUCUUCAUCAUCAACCUAUCCAUGGUGGACUUGCUCUUCCUCCUGGGCAUGCCGUUCCUCAUCCACCAGCUGCUCGGCAACGGCGCUUGGCACUUUGGAGAAACCAUGUGCACCAUCAUCACCGCCCUGGAUGCCAACAGCCAGUUCACCAGCACCUACAUCCUCACUGCCAUGUCCAUCGACCGCUACCUGGCCACGGUGUACCCCUUCACUUCCACACGCUUCCGGAAGCCCCCUGUAGCCAUCUCGGCCAUCUGCAUCCUUUGGGCUCUUUCCUUCCUCAGCAUCACUCCCGUGUGGAUGUACGCAAGGCUCAUUCCCUUGGGCGGAGGCUUGUUGGGCUGCGGGAUCUGCCUGCCGGACCCUCAGCGGGACGUCUACUGGUACACCCUGUACCAGUUCUUCCUGGCUUUCGCCAUCCCUUUCGCCCUCAUCACCGUGGCCUACAGAAGGAUCCUGCUGAGGAUGGCAAGCUCCUCGCAAGCCCUGACCGGGCAGAGGUGCAGCAGGCUCCGCACCAAGAAGGUGACUCGGGUCGCCAUCGCCAUCUGCCUGGCCUUCUUCGUCUGCUGGGCCCCUUUCCACGUCCUGCAGCUGGUCCAGCUGGCUGUGCCUCAGCCUACCCUCCCGUUCUACUAUGCCUACAAUGUGGCCAUCAGCCUGGGCUACGCCAACAGCUGCCUGAACCCUUUCAUCUACAUCUUGCUCGGGCAGAACUUUCGCAGGCGCAUUGUCAUCUCCGUCCGGCCUGCGGAUGCCGGGGAGGAGGUGACCCAGAACCAGGUCAAAAGCGCACGGGGGCAGCCCAGCGAGUCUGGGCAGCCUCUGUUGCAUCUGGUCUCUGUUUCAGCCAGGUAGGGAUGAGAAUGUUGCAGCCUUGUUGCCAUUCAUAGUCCAGUUAGCCUCAGGGACUGAUGAUAGUCCGCUGAUAGGAAGAAGAAGAAGAG